AUGACAGCAUUGGUCCAUUGUUUGUGGGUGUGGAGGCAUUACUUACUUGACCAACACUUUACCAUCUACAUCGACAAUGUGGCAACAAGUUUUUUCAACUCUCAAAAAAAAUUAUCACCUAAAUAAGUAAGAUGGCAAGAUCUUUUAGCAGAAUACAAUUUCACACUCAAAUAUAAACUAAGAUGGACCAAUAUAGUCACUAAUAUACUGAGCUGUCAAGGAGCCAUAGUAGAAGCAAUUGCAUUAUCGACGAGUAUAGGGGAUCUUUCGGAUGAGAUUCAAGUAGCACACAAUACAGACCCCACCAUCAAACAACUUAUUCAACAAAUAGAGUCUGGUGAGACAUGUCAAUUCUAGAUGGAGGAAGGUAUCCUUUAUAUAGAGGGCCGAUGGCCCUUUGUCCCACAAGGGGGACAACUACGGCAUCGGCUAUUCCAAGAGACACAUGAUGUGCCCUUUGCUGGACACCCGAGGUAAUAGAGGACACUAG